CUGGGUCGGAGUUGCAUCGGGCUGUCCAAGAUGAUAUUCGACCUUUACGUACCUGAUAUUCCUCUGGAUCCCGCGGCAAGCAGGGGCUGCACACUAGAGUUCCUGCAGGAUAUAGGCAAUGUCCUUUCAGAACAUAUUGGAUUGCAGACUCAGCUCGAAAAUCGCAUCACGGGCGAAAAUACCAACUUCGUUAUCAAUACCUUGAAGAAAUCACUGGAAGAUAUCCAGGCUCGUCUUGUGCACGAACGACCACCGCUCCUCAGGAAGUCAUACGACGUAUCGCGAGUCCAUUCAUUAUGGUCGGAAGUAUGGCAAUUCCAGACGCACGUUCUUGCUUGGAAUAGGGUCGAUGCCGUGGUGCAUGCUCUGACCUCUGGGGAAGCUGGUGCUGACAUGCGGGAGCGGGUAUUCCAAGAGUCAAUUGUUGGCUUCCUUCAACGGCUCCACGCUGCCUACCCUGACUUGGUCGACAUGAUCAGCCCGCUCGAGUUAUCUCUCCUCUACAUGCGGCUGGGUCUAGGCGUCGUUAGUGGACUGUCUACCCAAAGGCAGAACGGUGAAGGCACGGGAUCUCUUGCCUCUGCACUCGUCGCUUUUCCUUCCAUCAAAUCUGGGGAGGCCGUAUUGAGGGUUCCCCAGUCACCGUUACACGGUCUCGACCGACUUUGGCGUCCGUUGUUAACCCUGUCAGCGGCAGUCAUUGAUGUCGCUGCUGGGGCCGAACUCACAACCCAC